UUGUUCUGGGCCCAGUGUGUGGCCCAAAGUUUACAAGAUGGCGGCAGUGCCGGUUUACUGCCAAUGUCGGCAGCCGUACGAUGCCGGACGUUUCAUGAUCGAGUGCGAUGUCUGCAAGGACUGGUUCCACGGCAGCUGCGUAAAAGUGGAGGAGCAUCAAGCUGUUGACAUUGACUUGUACCAUUGUCCCAACUGUGCCAUUUUACAUGGAGCCUCUUUGAUGAAGAGACGGAACAACUGGCACCGACAUGACUACACUGAGACUGCAGAUUGUGUUAAACAGAUACAGGCAGGGACACCGGUUUUCAUCAGGGAGCUCCGAGCACGGCAUUUUCCUAGUGCCAGUGAAAUCAUCAUCAAGAUGCAUGGUGCCCAGCUGACGCACAAGUACCUGGAAAAGCACGGGUUUGAAUUUCCCAUCAUGGUGUCCAAGAUAGAUGGACUUGGAAUUGCUCUCCCACCAAGCACCUUUUCAGUCAGGGAUGUGCAAGAGUAUGUGGGUGGUGAAAAGGUGAUCGAUGUGAUCGAUGUGGCUCGGCAAGCUGAUUGUAAGAUGAAACUGCAGGAGUUUGUAGAAUAUUACACUGCCCUCCAUCGAACAAAAGUAUUAAAUGUCAUUAGCUUGGAAUUUUCUGAUACGAAGAUGUCGGACCUGGUGGAAGUUCCUGAUGUUGUUCAGAAGCUCUCGUGGGUAGAAAAUUACUGGCCAGAGGAUUCCUUUUUUCCUAAGCCCUGCGUUCAGAAAUACUGCCUGAUGGGAAUGGAGGAUAGUUAUACUGACUUUCAUAUUGACUUCGGAGGAACCUCUGUGUGGUAUCAUGUACUGUGGGGGGAAAAGUUAUUUUACUUGAUAAAACCAACCAAUGCCAAUCUUGCACUAUAUGAAAGUUGGAGUGGUUCUGUCAACCAGAGUGAGACGUUCUUUGGAGACCAGGUGGACAGAUGCUACAAGUGUGUACUACAGCAGGGACAAACGCUCUUCAUCCCUACAGGCUGGAUUCACGCUGUCCUGACCUCCAAGGAUUGCAUGGCUUUUGGUGGAAACUUCCUGCACAAUCUCAACAUUAGCACACAACUCAGGGUAUACGAGAUGGAGAAGCGACUAAAGACUCCGGAACUUUUCAAGUUUCCAUACUUUGAGGCAAUUUGUUGGUAUGUGGCAAACAGCCUUCGGGAAACUCUAAAAGAAAUGAGGGAGGACAGCUGUCAGCCACAGGAAUACCUAGUGGAAGGAGUCAAGGCACUAAUCCCUACACUUAAAUGCUGGAUUCAGAAAGAGGGCUUGAUUGAGCGCACGUACGAAAUUCCAGAUCAUAUCAGACCAGGGCAACUUGUCAAAGAACUCAGCAAGGAAAUUCGCUUUGUGGAGGAGAUGAACAUGGGAAACAAAACCAUUAAAUCUCAGGGAAUCAUAGCCACAGUGCCAGCCACACGGGUCACUCAGGACAAGAGUUGGUCCUUCAGUGUAAGCCCAGGUAAGAGGAAAUGCAGGAGACUGCGAGACCCCUCAAACAGGAUACACUCGGACCUGGACAUUCUGGAGCUCCAUACCCGGGCAGUGUUGAAGAAGAUGGAGAUGGCUCAAUGGGGUGAGGACGAUAUGUCUAGCUCCACAUUGAGAGUGAAGAUCAGUAAAACCUCACCAUCAUCUUUGACAGUGACAGAGAAAGGCCCCAGUGACAAUAACUUGCAACUGGUGCUUUCGAAGGGAAGGAUUAUUAGUCAUAACAAGGAUGAAUUGAUGGAAUUUGAACAGUGCAGCGCAGACAGUGAAGUUGAAGAGGAGGACCGAUCAGAUGAGCAGGGCAGUGUGCUGCAUGAAGCAGAUAGCUCUGAUUGGGAGGAUGAGAAACAAGAAUCUCAAAAUCCACUGAACAAGUUCUUCGAGAGUGUGAAAACUGAACUCAGAGAUGGAACCUCUAACCUGUCUGACUCUGAUGCCGAGAAGAAAUGCAGCAUGCAGAGAGUGGAUGCUAAGUGUGAGGCAUCCCAUCUGUCAGAUGGUAGUGAGAAGAAUGGAUUGGCAAUAGAGUCGGAGACUGAGAGGUCCCAACAAGCUCUGGAUAAGCCCAGGACGAGUCUGAAGCGUUGCAAGAAGGACGACAUGGCUGAGAGGGAAUGGUUGCCAUCUCCGAGCACAGCAGAGACCAUUCAGGACGUGCUAUCAAUGGCAGCCCUACAGUACUCGGACUUGCGCAACAAUCAAAGAAAGAAUAGCGACAGCAUGGAUAAAAGGAACCUUCCUAGGUCGCAUCAAAACAUAAGAACUAAUAGGAGGGAAAAAGGAGAGCUGAGCCCAUGCUCCAUGGCAUCAGAGUGUGUUGGGCCUAAUAAGCAGGAAGCUGGUGAGAGCAGCAGUGAAUCGGUGAAUCACGAAGUGAGAAGCUUACUUGGAACAGCAGCCAAACUAUCAGCAGAGGUUUGGAUGAAGGAACCAAAACACCUCAGAAAAGAAUGUUUAUCAUUGGUGAGGCAAAACUUUCGGGAAAGCAAGAAUUUGGAAGAGCGUGUCGCCAAUGAGGGUCAGAUUCCUCCAGAUUCUCUGAGUGUAGUGUAUAGGUCAGCAGCUAAUGAUGUCUGGGGACAGAAUAACAAUGAGGGCCUGGAUCAGAUGCAUCAUUUAAUGCCAACGUCACCGUCAAUGCAUCCAUCUAGCAAGAGGACCCUGUCCAAUCCACCCCCUGUGAGCAAUCAGGCAACGAAAGGUAAGCGUCCAAAGAAAGGGAUGGCGACUGCAAAGCAGCGACUAGGAAAGAUUCUGAAGUUGAACAGAAGUGGUCGUCUCUUCCUUUAGAAUAUUGGUGUUACAGACCAGCAGUGUACUGAAGUGGAUCUUGGUCUGACUCCACAUACGGCCACCCUUCGGAUGGAUUGUGCUGACGAACAAUUGCACAGAUGAGCACUGCACUGUUAAAGCACAGACAAGCAAUAAUGGUGGAGCUGGACUUACAGAGAGAAAGGACUGAAAUUAUGAAAGUUUAACAAAUGUUCAGGGUUUGCAGACAUUUUUUUUUUAGAGAGUAGUAUUCUGACUUUACUGAACUUUCUGUUGUCAUAUAAUUUAUUUCUUACAUGUUAUUUGAUGCAUUUUAAUUUGACAGCUUUGAAUGAUUUUUUAAAGAUAACUAUUUAUUGAGGAAUUUGUCUGAUUAACUCCAACUAAAUAACAAGUUAGAUAUAAAAUGUUGAACCAUA